AAUCAAAACACACCGAAUUGUGUGACGUUUACCAGCGAAAGAGAUCACAUCCGGCGAUUACAUCUGGAGCCAACAUUAUUUGGGUCCCAGACAAGUUAUUGAUACAAGUGCAACUGAAUCCAAAUCAUGGACUUGGAACAGAAAAUCAGAGAGACACAAAAUGCUAUUCAGCAGCUGGAGGCUAUCAAGACACACCUGGACAAGAACACUAGUGAAGUGAAGAGCAACAUGAACACAACAUUUUUGCGGCACCUAAGGUCCUUGUGGAACCGCCAAGUUUUCCUGGCUAAUCAGGUGGAUCUCAUUCACAGCAGUAAGGAGGAAGUACUUCAUCGACAGGUGGUACGCCUUCACAGUCUGCUAACUAGUCUACAAAGUCAGCUCGGAGGUGCAGGGGACAACAUACUCUUCGAUAUGAAUGACCUGAAGCCAGAGGAGACUCCCUAUAUCAGUUUUAGGGCUGACAGUGCCUCACUCAAGGAUGCUAUAGUCAACUAUGGACGUUUGGAUCACACUGGGUUUCCUCUGACAUCACAAUUCAUGGACCCACGCAGUCCAGCGGCUAGUCUGCCACCUCACUUCGAGGACUAUGACGAUGCAGAACACCAUAUCCUGUACAAAACAGUUGAAGAAAUCAAACAUGCCAAGACCAAUAGUCGUAAUAUUGAUGUCCAUAUACCCAAGCUGUCAGCCCGCCCUGAGGACUGGCUGACCCACUCAACUGCCACAACUACCACCACAUCUGCCUUACAACCAGCAUUUGCCUUCCCAGCUUUUAGUAAAGAUCCCAGUGAUUGGUUGAAAUCCUCCUCUACUGAAGUGUCCGACUCUUGUCAGCAGCCCAUCAUGUCAGUCAUCUCCCCUGAUGUGCUAGCUAUUUCUCCUUCAGUGUCAUUUUGCACUGCAUCAAGUACAACGUCUGGCAGUUGUACUCCCCGAGGGAUCCCAACUGUCUCGUCCACUACCUCCAGUAUAGACACAUGGUUGCUUCAGAUCAAACAGAACCCUGACAUGGAAGAAGAAGAUGACUUUGAGAUUGUUGAUGGAUCAGUGGUUACAGGGGUGCUGGACAAUGAAGAUGUUGUUGAACAGCUGUCUGGGACCACUCCAGUGGUAGACAUAGGCCGCUGGACUGCUUCACCUAGAGAAGGAUAUCGCAAGUCAGACUCCCAAUCAACAGGCUCUGAUCAGGCUAUUGGACAUGAUGUGAUUGCUAGUUACCUUGCCGAAAGAAACAAUGACAUGUCCCAGUGGCUGGCACCCAAACAGAAGGCAGGCUGUUGUGGUGAUUCCUGCUGUGACAAACCAGCAAAGUCUUUUGAGAUUGAGAACCUAGGCAACUAUCUGGCUGACAAACUUUGGAUCAAGUCAAGCAGUAGCAAAGAGAAAUCUGAAGAAGUCAGCAACCUUUGUAAGGCCAAUGAACCAUGCCAGUCUUUCAAUGAAUGUUUAGGAACACCCUCCUGCCUUGAGGAGCACCAUAGAAUCAGUGGCAUGAAUGCCACUGAUUUGCCAGGUUUCAAUAUCUUUAAACAUAGCAGUGAUGACCGGAAAUGGCUUGCCAAUGGUGGAAAAAAUGUUGGACCAACUACCCGAUGUGUUGGAUUUGAACAUUUCCAGCUGGCGAGUAAGGAAGUCAAUGACUGGUUAUUAAAUGAUAAGAACACCCAUAGUCAACCCAACAAAUCAAAUGCUACAACCUUCCCUGUGUUCCUUGAGAACACAGACAACCAGGUUUGGUUACACCUUGAUGAGGCCAACAGACUACCACCUCUAAGCACUCCAUUCCAAUCUUGUGUCACUUGGGACAAAGUCACCAAACAACACAGCGAGAUCGGCAUUGACCAGUGGCUCCUACCCCCCAGUGCCCACAGCAUCACUGAUAUGGACAAGGGCACACCAGACAUGGACCAAGAGAUAUGGUUAUUACACAAAGAAAGCAUGGAAACUGAAAUUCAUUCCAAGGAACAAGUCCUGGAGUUUCCCUACAUUCACGAGAACAAUUCGUUCUGGCUCUGUAACUGAACUGUUACACCUGGAUCCUAACCAGCACCAUAAUUAAACUUUUCGUUGAUCAUGCUCUGUCUUAUUCUUAUUCCUAAUAAGAAUUGAUAUACUAACAUUUAAAUCAAAAACUUUUAAGAAUCAGAUGGUCAACAAAAUUGUUGAAAAGUUUUGUGCAAUAAAUCUGUGAUGCUUGUACUAUAAAAUGAAUUCUUUACAGAAAAAUGUUUUGUGUAUCCAUGCCUGUGAUUACAAUGUAUUAUUUAACUGUACAUAGGAUCCUCAAAAGGCUAGAUAAUUCAGAAAUUUUAUCAAGCCAAUAAGAAAAUGUUUGGUUGAGUUUCAUAACUUUUUAAGGUAUAAUAUAUUUUAUCACAUACUAGAUUACUGCAUACGUAUAGUUAUCUAUAUCAUAUAUAAUGUAUCAUUGUAUUGUGUAAGUUUUGUGUCUUGGUAGUACUUGUGUUGUUCUGUUUAAAAGGUUGCAUGGUAUACAUUUUGUAGGUGUUUAUUUCUACACAAAUUCAUUAUGCUCAUGCACAAAUUAAACACAUGUUGAUAUAA